UUAAAAACAAAAAGACGAGAGAGGGACUCGGACCCAAUGGCGACCUCAGGGGCCAGCGGCAGCGGAGGGAAUGGCGAGGGCUGCGACCCCUCCGUCACCUACUACCGGCUGGAGGAGGUGGCGAAGCGAAACUCCGCGGAGGAGACGUGGAUGGUGAUCCACGGGCGAGUCUACGAUAUCACCCGCUUCCUCAGCGAGCAUCCUGGUGGGGAAGAGGUUCUGCUGGAACAAGCUGGUGCUGAUGCAACCGAAAGCUUUGAAGAUGUUGGACACUCUCCUGAUGCCAGGGAAAUGCUAAAGCAGUACUACAUUGGUGAUGUUCAUCCGAAUGACCUUAAACCUAAAAAAGAUGGUAACAAGGAUCCUUCAAAAAGCAGUACAUGCAAAAGUUGCUGGGCAUAUUGGAUUCUCCCCGUCGUGGGCGCUAUUCUUGUAGGUUUCCUGUAUCGUCACUUCUCGGCCGACAACAAGUCCUCCUGAGGAGACCAUGCUGAAGUGUGGGAGCGCAUGCUCCUGGGAGUGAGAAGCUGACACUUUGGAGGCUGCACAAUGCUUCCUCCUUGAACCCUGCCAGUUUCCUCCCCUGCCUGCCCCCCUGGAGCCAAGAUGUCUGACUAGAUAUCUCUUCUCCUUCAGUAGGACCAGGGUCCUUCACCAGCCAGAGCCUGAUGCCCAAAGCUCCUGCUCACAUUGUGUCCUUGCCAGGGUUUCUUCUCACUGGCUUCCACCCGUUCCCUUCAUUUCAGAGUUUAUGUUGAUGAUUAGACUUCCUAUGUUGUAGAGUCAUGGCCUUCGGGGACAGUAUAUGAUUUCUGAUGCUCUGAAUUCACAUUGGGUAUAUUUAAGGGAACAGUACUCUAGUUUUGAAUCUUUUCCUAUUUUUCUUUUAAGUAAAUUUAUUUUUUAAUUCUGA